CCUCUUCCGAGAGAGAGAGAGAGAGAGAGAGAGAGACGCACACACAGACAUUGACAAAAGCUACUUUGUUAAUAAAGUUAUUUAGUCGAACUACAACUCGUUUGUGACGCAAUGCAUUGUGGGUAGGUCAGUAACAGAGAGUGGAGGACGCCAUGUGCUGUUGAGGGAGAAGGACCAGGAUUGACAGGCUACACUGUGAAUGUGAAUUGGAAGUAUCUAUAGGAGAUCCGGGGGCACAAAUAAUAAACAUGUACUGCACAAGACAUUGCAUUCGGACCGCACUGCGAAUCGCCGCAAAGACGCAUCGGCAGGAGCUCCAGACACCAACACUAUAUGCCCUCCGAACUCUCGGGACCAGCCCAGCUAGCCUUUCUGAUGUCAUCACCGCCCCCCCUCUGGAUGGAGCCCCCAAACAGUACCCCCCCAAAAUCACCCAGCUGGUACACGACAUCACCAGCCUCACCUUGUUAGAGGUGUCAGACCUCAAUGAGCUACUCAAGAAAACCCUGAAUAUCCAGGAUGUUGGGAUGAUGCCAAUGGGAGCCAUGACUGCAGCAGCAGCACCUGCAGCUCUGGCAGUGGAAGAGGACAUGGCACCAGUCAAGAAAGAGAAGACACACUUCACAGUAAAACUGACAGAACUGAAGGCAGCAGAGAAAGUGAAACUCAUUAAAGAAGUGAAGAACUGCAUCCAAGGCUUGAACCUGGUGCAGGCUAAGAAGUUGGUUGAGUCCCUCCCCCAGGAGAUCAGAGCCAAUGUGUCCAAAGAGGAGGCGGAGAAGCUGAAGACAGCCCUGGAGACAGCAGGAGGCACUGUGGUGCUGGAGUAGAACGCCCCUCCUCUCUCCAUCCCUGCCUCCAGCCGACUGACCACACCCAUCCACCGUCUGGCUGCGGUUACUCCCGUCUUCUGACUAUCUUUCUGUUUUCUACAGCAGUAAAACAACAAAGGAACCAGUACCUUGGAAACUGAAAUAUUGCCUUUUGACAACGUUGCUGUACUAGCUACCAACUGGACGGUGUGAGGCGGGAGAAACUAACUCAGACUGAACUCCUCAGGCUCAGAGCCUGAACGCCCGCCCGCCGCCCGGCCGCUCCUAAAUUUACUCUCCCAUUUGUCUUGUUUGUUUGUCUGUCUGGCUGGCUCUGUCCCGAUUCUCCAUCCUUCUCCCGAAGUGUGCACUUCUCUUGCGUUCCUUCUCGCAUUGAUUUAACAGUGGUGGAAACUCAAACUCCCUCAAGCCAAUGUUUAUAUCAGCCCGAUGUUUAAAAGUCCAUGACUGGGAAUAUGAGGGUACAGGAGAAGGGUUGAUAAUGGGUACUUUUGCCCAUCUAUCAGACUGGUACUUUUACCCAUCUAUCAGUCUAGCACUUUUGCCCAUUGGGCUGCAGUCAAGCUGGCCCUGGGCCUCCUGUCUGUGUGUGUAUUCGUCUGGUGGUGAGUUGCCCUGAAAGCCUCGUAGCUAACGUGGCAUGUUAUUUCUCCUGACAACCCAGCCUCCACAGUGACCAUUGAAAUACCUACGUUUGACUGUCUGUAUUCUCCAGAGGAGGCUGGUGGGAGGAGCUAUAGGAGGACAGGCUCAUUGUAAUGGCUGGAAUGGAAUCAAUGGAAUGGAGUCCAACAGGUGGUUUCCAUAUCUUUGUAUUGAUACCAUUCCAUUAAUUCCAUGUCAGCCAUCACAAUAAGCCUGUCCUCCUAUAGCUCCUCCCACCAGCCUCCGCUGGUAUCUUAUGUGCGUUAAUGAACCAAAUUCGUCAAAUCAACACUUUGCUGGUUGUUCUAUGAGUGGUGUGAGUCUGGGUCAUCAAGAGGACUGAGGUGCCACGUUCGCAACAAAUCUUUUUUAGAAACCCUCCCCCCGACUGGUAGGGAGACAUGGUUACCAAGGUUACCGUGUUAUCUAGAACCAGGAGAACGGAGCUGUGUCCUCAUUACGGGUUGGAACCGGUUCAGGGAACAGAACUGAAAAACAUAUUUUUUCAAGUAGCAGAAACGGAACCUGGAACGAAAGUGAUCCAUACUGUUCCGGAACAGAACCAUUAUUUUAAAAGCAUGGGAACCGGUUAAUAACGUUCUUUUACAUUCCAGGCGUUGUUUCUACUCUCACAAAAAACGCAACAAAGUGCCUAGGCAAAGCCCUCACUCUGUCACUCAGAAACAUAUUCCAGUAUCUGCCUGCAAGCUGAAAAUCUUUACCAGUGUGUGUGCAUGUUUAGGCUACCUGCCACAUCCACACUGAUUGGUGAAGUCAUUUAAUUGGCUAAAUGUUUAAAAAAAUUAAAUGAUUUUAAAGAUUAAAAAAGGAACAGAAAGGAACGCUAUAAACCGGUACUUUUGUUUGGUUUGAACCGGUUCAGAACUUUAUUUUGCUGGUCGGAACAGUGGAACGGAACAAUUUGUUUUGUUUUUUCUGUUCAGAACGAAACGAUUGGGAAAAUAAUGUUGGUUCCAACCCCUGGUCUUUAUACUGUAUGGAUGAUAUAGGAUCAAUGAUGAAGUGAUUCAAAUAAAAUACAAGUUACAUUUC